AACAAAAACGCAUAGCGUAACCAGUUCUGAGAAAACCUGGUUUUCUUUAUCAUCUCUAUCUACAAUCUUCAAAUUUAGUCAUCUUCCUUUCCAAUUUGUCGGAAACAUCCGGACUUACAACGUAAUUGUUGGAGCUUGCUAAAACAACAUAAUUAUCAAUGAGGCAUUCAGUGAAUCGUCCACCAACACCAGAUGCAGGUGAUGAGCAAGAAAAGGAACUUACCCUUCAAGAGAAAAUCAAUAUUAAGUUGAUGGAAAGUGGAGAAAAGGAGAGAUUGAUGGAUCUUUUGAGAGAAAGGCUGAUUGAAUGUGGAUGGAAGGAUGAAAUGAAAGCUGUUUGCAGGACAUUUAUAAUGAAGAAAGGGAGGAACAAUGUAACUGUAGAUGAUCUUAUUCGUUUAAUUACUCCAAAAGGAAGAGUUGCAAAACAUUUGAAAUUGAUGCGGGUGAGAUCUUUUGUAAUGCAGCAUCUAUUCCUGAUCCCGUGAAAGCUGAGCUGUUGCAGCGAAUUUGGGCAUUUCUAAAUGCUACUACACUUUGAUACGAGAAGCUGUUACACUUUGAUGGUGGCCCUUUACCGUCUUAGUAGAGGAAACGCUAGUUCUUCGACCUACCUAGGUUUGUGACUACAGUAUCAUUGUGGCUAAGGACAUCCUCGGCAAUCGGCAUUUGUUUCAUCUUUCCUCCUUUUGCUCUCUGCCUCAUAAAUAAACCAAUGAUCUUGUCAUACCAAUUACAAUUGUAGAUGCACGAUUUGAGAAGUAUAAUUACUGGUUACCAAAGUCACUCCCAUUUUUCUUAGUUUUUCCCAUCAAAGGGGGCUAUGGGAGUGGAAGAGUUGGAUAAUUGUCAUGGAAGGCUCAAGUCAUCAGUCCUUUAGCUGGAUGUAGAAAACAUUCCAGAAUUUUGCUUUUUUUUUAUAUAGAAUUUGCAUACUUGUCAAUUUGUCAUGCCAUUUAUUCUUAUCAAACAUGUUUCAAGUUCAACUAGGCUGUAUUUAGAAAGUUUAACCUUCCAGAACAUUGCAAUUUUUAUCAAGUACUUCGUUUCAGCAACUAUGAAAUGUCCAAUGUUGUUGGUUUUUGUAAGA